GAGACCGGGAGCUGCGUUUAGCUGUGCGUACUGCGCAGUACGCUAGUGCGCGUCGCUCUACGUGGAAAAGGCGGACCAAUGGACUGAGACGUCCCAUUAGCAGCAGUCGUGUAACUAGUUUUGUCAGAGCAUUAACGAAAAAAACAACAGGGAGGAUGUUUAAAAGUUGGGGAACGUGGUUAGGAAUCGAGUCCACACCCGGACACGGAGGAGGAGAAGAAGAUUUGCAGGAGGAGGCGAAGAAGACACCCGGAAGUGAGGAGGACGAAGUAAACAAACGCGAGAAAAUGGCAGAAAACCAGGCGAUUCUACAGCAAGCCAAAGGCCUGAGCGGAUACAUCCUGAACUUCGCGAGCAGCGCGACGAAGAAGAUCACGGAGUCGGUGGCAGAAACUGCGAGCACCAUCAAGAAGACGGUGGAGGAAGGGAACAUCGACGGCAUCUUCGACAAGACCAUCCUGGGAGAUUUCCAGAAGGAACAGGAAAAGUUUGUUCAGGAGAAAAAUGCCAAGAAAACUGAUGCAGCGGUGCCUCCCUGGGUGGGCUACAGUGAGGAGGAGACCAUUCAGCAGCAGAUCUUAGCUUUAUCGGCGGACAAGAGGAACUUCCUCCGAGACCCUCCGGCUGGCGUCCAGUUCCACUUUGACGUCGAGCAGAUGUAUCCCAUCGCUCUGGUCAUGCUGCAGGAAGACGAGCUUCUUAACAGGAUGCGCUUCGACCUGGUUCCAAAACAGGUAAAAGAGGAGGUGUUCUGGAGAAACUAUUUCUACCGGGUGUCCCUCAUCAAGCAGUCGGCUCAGCUCACGGCGCUGGCGGCGCAACAGCAAGCCGCGGAGAGGAGAGACGACGACAAGAACGGGGCCGAUCCACAGAGCGAGAGCACGUCAGAAUCAAGAAGACCAAAAACACCUCCAACGACCAUCAACGCCAAGUCCAACCAGCAUCAUCCCGAGGACGAGGAGAUCUCGACCAGCCCCGGUGUAUCCGAGUUCGUGAGUGACGCGUUCGACUCGUGUAACAUCAACCAAGAGGACUUGAGGAAGGAGAUGGAGCAGCUGGUGCUGGAUAAGAAAAAUGAGGACGAGGAGACGUCCGAGUGGGAGCGGGAGCUGCAGCAGGAGUUGCAGGAGUACGAGGUGGUGGUCGAGGCGGAUAACCGAGACGAAAACUGGGACAGAGAGAUCGAAGAGAUGUUGCAGGCCGACUAGCUAAUCCGCCCUCGCUUUCAGUGUAGAAUCAUCUCUACACUGAAGAGAGAGGGAGACUGAAAAUAAAAGGACGGACCAAUCGAGCACCUGACGAAGACAGGCUCAAAACAUCACACUCUGCUACGUAUACGACAUUUCUCUCAGAAGUAGGCGGAGAUUUGUGUUAAGAAUGCAUUUCAAACGGGGAUAUAAUCUGUUUCUGUAAAGUAGUGGACUUGCAUCGGAAAUGCACAGCAUCUACAGUUAACGUCUCUCUUCUCCCCGAUCGAUGAAUCGAAUGAUUAGUGCUAUCUUUUGAUAUAAAACGUAUCAGUGUAUGUAAUCUAUUACAUUAUUGUCUUUCUGAAAUAACAAGCCUGAUUUUAAAUUCAGAGUGAGAGAGUGAGACUUUGCAUGCGACUGAUAGUUGUACAGAUUGUACUCUAAGAAUACAGAAGAUAAAACCAGAUGAACGUCGUGAUCAUUUUUUUGUGUGUUUUUUUCUGACCUUCCAAAACUGAACAGAAAGAAAGAAAGAAUUGAAGAGUAGAAAGAGUAAUAUGUUGUUGUUUUCUUUCUUUCUCAGUACACUGCUCAUCUUUUAGCUGCUUAAUUAUAAUGUUGUGUUUAUUAAAUAUGAUUUUGUCUUUAAA